GUGCUCAAAACCCGCCCCCAAACACUGCUUACAUUUUUCAUAAAACAUUUGGGUUUCAAACCUCCAUUUCUUGGUGGGUGCUCAACCCCCAAACCCCGCGCACGUUGUUUUCAUCAAAACCUAGGGUUUUCCCCUAUUUCUUCAAGGGUGCGGACAAUCUAAAACCAUAAAAAAUUGGGGUUUUAUUGUUUGUCGGGAACAAUCUAAAACCAUCAAAACUUAGGGUUUUCCCUUAUCUCAUCUGGGAUGCGGACAAUCUAAAACCAUAAAAAAUUAGGGUUUUAUUGUUUGUCGAAGGCAUUGGAGUUUCUUCAAGGGUGCAGACAAUCUGAAACGAUAAAAAAUUAGGGUUUUAUUGUUUGUGGAAGGCAUUGGAGAGAGAGAAAGACAGACUAAGUGAGAGAUGGGUCACUCGAAUGUCUGGAACUCUCACCCGAAGAAUUAUGGGCCUGGAUCUCGUACCUGGCAGCUUCCUAUCUUCAAAUCAAAUUAUAAGAGACAUGCUUUCAUGGUUGAAGGCCCAAGCUUAGGGCUCUCUUUGUUUCUCAGGUGAUGAACCCUCCCUUUCUUUUGUUCUUAUCAGAGCUCUUUCCACAACGGAUUUAGGUUAUCUCGAGGUUUUUGCUGGUAAAGGAAACCUGUAUUGGGAUAAUCAGAGUUUCAAGCCAUUCUAGGGUUUUGACUGGUAAGGGUGCCUGGUUUUGAAGGAUUCACAAGAAUGGAUUUGUUGCAAAGCUAUAAAGAUGACACUUAUGAUUCGAGUCCGUCACAAAGUAACGUAGAUGAUUCCCCCCGUUCUUCUCCUAAUUCAUCUCCAUUAAGGAUUUCCCUACCUUCAAAGAGCUCUGCUCCUAAAGUUGAUGAAACCAUGCUAUCCCUAAAUUUAGUGGACACAGGCAGGCCAUUGGCCAAACCUAUUGAUCCAGUUCAACAUGUGGUGGCCUUUAACCCUACUUAUGAUCAGUUAUGGGCUCCAAUCUAUGGCCCUGCUCACCCCUUUACUAAAGAUGGUUUAGCCCAAGGAAUGAGAAAUCAUAAGCUUGGUUUUGUCGAAAAUGCAGCAAUUGAACCCUUUCUAUUUGAUGAACAAUACAAUACUUUCCAUAAAUAUGGCUAUGCAGCUGAUCCUUCAGGCUAUUCUGGGAGUAACUAUGUUGGAGACAUUGAAGCCUUGCAGCAAAAUGAUGGAGCUUCAGUUUAUAACAUACCCCAACAUGAGCAAAAGAAGCGCAAACUCGAGAAAAAGGCAUUGCAAAAAGAGGAAGAGCCUGAGAAUGAGGAACGCAAGCCUGAAAUGGAGAACCCAGCUUCUCAAGAAUGGCUUCUGAAGAAUAGGAAGAGCCCAUGGUCUGGAAAGAAGGACGGGGUCCAAAGUGAACUAACAGAGGAACAAAAGAAAUAUGCGGAAGAGCAUGCUAAUAAAAAGGGCGAGAAGGAGAAGGGGGAGAAGGUUGAAUUCAUGGAUAAAACUACAUUUCAUGGAAAAGAGGAGAGAGAUUAUCAGGGGAGGUCUUGGAUUGCCCCCCCAAAAGACGCAAAGGCAACAAACGAUCACUGUUAUAUACCCAAAAAGCAUUAUCACACAUGGAGUGGGCACACGAAGGGUGUAUCAGCUAUUCGGUUCUUUCCGAAAUAUGGUCAUCUUCUUCUUUCAGCAAGCAUGGAUACAAAGAUUAAGAUUUGGGAUGUUUUUAAUUCGCGCAAGUGUAUGCGGACAUACAUGGGGCACUCUAAAGCAGUUCGAGAUAUCACAUUUUCGAAUGAUGGGUCAAAAUUUUUGAGCACUGGGUAUGAUAAGAAGAUCAAGUAUUGGGAUACAGAGACUGGUAGUGUUAUAUCCACUUUUUCGACUGGUAAAAUCGCAUAUGUGAUCAAGCUUAACCCUGAUGAAGACAAACAAAAUAUCCUUCUUGCUGGAAUGAGUGACAAGAAGAUAGUGCAAUGGGAUAUGAGAAGUGGAGAGAUCACCCAAGAAUAUGAUCAGCAUCUUGGGGCUGUGAAUACGAUAACAUUUGUGGACAAUAAUCGCCGGUUUGUGACCUCUAGUGAUGAUAAGAGUCUUCGGGUUUGGGAGUUUGGGAUCCCUGUGGUGAUUAAAUACAUAAGUGAGCCUCACAUGCAUUCGAUGCCUUCAAUUUCACUACACCCCAAUUCAAAUUGGUUAGCUGCUCAAAGCUUGGACAAUCAGAUCUUGAUAUAUAGCACAAGAGAGAGGUUUCAGUUGAAUAAGAAGAAGAGAUUUGCUGGUCAUAUUGUGGCAGGUUAUGCUUGCCAAGUGAACUUCUCUCCUGAUGGGCGAUUUGUUAUGUCAGGAGAUGGAGAGGGUCGGUGUUGGUUUUGGGAUUGGAAAAGUUGCAAGGUUUUUAGGACGCUGAAAUGCCAUGAGGGUGUUUGUAUUGGGUGCGAAUGGCACCCAUUGGAGCAGAGUAAGGUCGCUACUUGUGGAUGGGAUGGAAUGAUCAAGUAUUGGGAUUAGUUGAUGAUUGGAUCUGAACUUGUAGUAACACCAAGGCCCCAUGCCUGUGCCCAUCAUGUAUUUUCAGACCUUCCAUGAUCUCAUCUGGAGAAAUGUAGGACAUAUUGUGGCUGCAGCAAAGAAUUACAACACAACCGAGUAUGCAGAAAUCCACAUGGGAUGAUCCGCAAGUACGGGCUUAUGUGUUGCAGGCAAUGCUUUUGUAGCAAUGCUAAGGAAAUUGGCUUCGUCAAGUAUCGCUGAGAAAAUAAGGCUUGGUGUAAACCAUUGCAUGACUGAAGAAGAUGAAAGCACGACUCUUUGGAUUUGAGUAGACUAUUUUCAUAAGAACGUUAUGUAUUAACAUUAAUGACGAUACAGUAAACCUUGAUGGGUUGUUUAUGUAAGAAUUGUUAGGUUGAGUGGCUGGAGACCAGUUUGGAAGGCGAGACUUCUUUGAUCCUUGCUGA